AUGGUGACUGAGCAUGUCCGGGCUACACGGGGGGGCGAAGAUGGGUCGAGGGAAGGGGCGGGGCAGGAGGCUGUGGAAGUGCUCUCUGCUGGUGGCAGACGCGGGUCACAGGCACUGGUAGCCGCACAUACAAUCGUUUUCCAACCCUUUACACCUGUCCUCUUCCUGCACCCACCAUCUCACACCUCUCACUCCUCUUCUCCCGCCCCUCCCCUCUCGCUGCUCCCUUCGCAGGUCGAAGCCCACCUCUCCGCUGCCUCCUCCCCACCCCUCCCUCGCGCCCUCCCUUCCGUCUCCGCCGCUGCCGCUCGUGCUCUCGCCUCCAUCUCCCCCGCUCCCUUCCUCUCCUCCUCCUCCGCCUCUUCCCUCGCCGCUACAACCAUCUCCCUUGCACCAUCUUCCUCAUCAUCAUCAGCAGCAGCAGUGGCAGCGUCAGCAGCAGCAGCGGUGUCAACAGCAACGGGAGCGGCAGUGUGGCCGGCACCAGUGGCGGCACAGCAACCGGCUGACUUUGACGAUCUCUUUCAGAAGCUCAGAACCAGUAUAACAGCCAGCAGAUUAUGCCUCCUGUUGUUCUCUCAACCUACCCGUUCCUUUUUCCAUCCUAUCCCCUCCCCCUCCACCCGUUCCCCCUGGAUUUCCCAUGCAGCCCCUCACAUCCCCGAUGGUGUCAAGCGCAGCAGCACCGAGCAGCACCACAUGCUGCACACCAAGCCCACUGUCUCCUCCCCUUCUUCCCCCUUCCUUCCACUCCUCGCCCCAUUUCCCUCCCCAUGCAGCCCCUCUCUCCCAGACGCUGUCAAGCGCAGCAGCACGGAGCCACACCAUGUGCUGCAGACGCACCUCAUUCUCAGGAACGUUCCAGGAACCAUCCAGGCGCUGCGGUCCUCCGACCCUUCCCUGGUGCGGUGUGGCGCCCACCUGGUGGUGCUUCUGCGCUCCGUGCUCCCCGCUGCUGCUCGCCAGCAGUACAGGGACUGGCUCAACACGUCAGGCGAUGUCAUUCUCUACUGUGUGCUGCUGGCAGCGCAGCGCAGGGACCAUCUCACGCCCUCUGCGCCUCUCUGCUGCUCACGCCCUCGCUUCUUUCCCCGUUCCCCAAUGCUCUCCCCACUCCCUGCCCCCUCUCAUCCCAUCAGCUACUGUGUGUUGCUGGCAGCGCAGCGCAGGGACCAUCUCACACCGCUCUACGCCUCACUGCUGCUCACGCCCUCCCUCACCUCUGACUUCUUCCUUCAGCUAUUCGAGCAGCGCAAGACAGACAGUGUUGAGGCCAAGAGGCGAACAGUGGAGGCGCUGUGUCUGCACCUCCCUCUCUCCGGCCCUGACUCUGUCCCCACAAUGCUCAACAGGUUCCCCAACCUUCUCCAUCGGUUCCCCUCUCUCGCUCCCCUGUUGUUCCUCUCCUCUUCUCCAUGCCCAUCAACCAUUUUUCCAAACCCCUUUGUUUCCCACAUGGACACCAUCUCCCCUUCUCAUCCCCUUCCCCCUCUCCCUUCCCCUCUCCCUCCCCCUCCCCCUCCCCCUCCCCCUCCCCCUCCCCAUCCCCCCCCCUCCUCCCCCUCUCCCUCCCUCUCCCACCCCACCAGGUUCCUCUCCAAGUGCUCCCAUUGGUCGGAUCCCGGGGUCCUGCCGGCCUCUGAUUGGCCGAGAGCAGUUCUGGCGGAUCUGAGGGGACAGGUGGCAGCGUUUGAGUGGGCGGUGACGGACCCCACUGCCCCGGGGACAGUGGGCAGUGCAGAGUGGGGCAGUGAGAGGAGGAAGAUGCAGCGACUGGCUCUGCAGCAUGGGAACCUUCUGCUGCGCGCCAUGCUCCUGGCGGCACACGCGGAGGGCGGCAGCAGCAGCGGCAGCCCGUCCAGCCAAUCAGGGCGCUCCAUUGCCGCCCUGCUGGCAGAUACAGUGGCGGGCAUUCACACAGAGAUGGAGGCGAGGCGAAGCCAGGAGGGGGCAGAGCGAGAGGAGCAAGAGGAAGAGGGAGAUGAGGAGGAGGAAGAGGAGAGUGUGGAGCUCAGCGAAUUUGACUUCUGGGUGGAUUACAUCGCUGCUGAUGUGGCAAUUCUCAAAAGCUCUCUUCUCCUUCCUGCUGUGCUGUCACCCGCUCUCCCCUUCCACCCAACCUCUUCCUCUCUUACUUCCUCCCACCCACCAUCCCCAGGGGAAGCCUCAUCAACCAUGCGGCUUCAGGUCACCCCACAGCAGCAACCGCAGCAAUCACACCAGAACCAGCAGCAGCAGGGCGGCAGAGAGCAUGUGGUGGUGGCGUGUGUGGCGGUGCUGGCCCCCUCAGGGGCUCUCGUGCCCGGCGACGCCUCCCUGUGUGCCGCCAUGCACUCAGCGCUCAUGGCGUGCGUGGGGGAGCGAGAGGCAGAGGCGCGGCAAGUCAGGGUGGACGUGGCAGCGCACCCCUCUGAUGCGCGCCUUCUCACGCUCGCCUUCGCUGGUCCCCUCUGCUCACUCCCAACUCGUCCCCACCCUUCCCCCCCGUGCUCCCCCACUCUCGCACUGCUCCCCCUCUUCGUCCCACAGGUCGACGUCGACGUGGCAGCGCACCCCUCAGACGCGCGCCUGCUCACACUCGCCAUUCGCUGUCUGGGGACCGGAGGAGAGGAGGGGGCGAGUGAGGCAGUGAGUGUGGAUGUAGAGAGCCCUGCUGUUCGCAUCAUGGCUCGUGUUGUCAAAGCGGAACUACCUCACAUGGACCCUGCGGCUCGCAUGCACGUGGUGCGCUGUGCUGCCUUCACCAACCCACCCACCCACCGCCCAAGCCUCUCCCGAACCACCGCUGACAGCUUUGGCACCAUAGCAGCAGCGGAGGCUCGGGGUGCUGAGCCUGCGCCGUGGCUCAUGCGCCGGCUGUGCCGUGUGUGCUGCCUUCCCACCCUUGCCUUGCGCUGCCAGGAGGUGCGGGUGUUUAUGGCGCAGCAGCUGGAGCCAUCAGUGCAUGUGGAUCCAGCAGCAGCAGCAGAGGUCAUGGAAGCAACUGAUGUGGCGGCUCUGGUGGCCCAGGGCACGCUGCAUCAAAUCUUCACACCCCAGCAGCUCCAGACCCGAUAUGCCUAUCCCUGCUUCGUGAAGCUCGAGCCUUCGAAGAGCUCGUCGUCGUCCGAUUUCCUCCCUCCGCCGCCCUCCUGGCCCGAGGAGUACGCGGGAGUUGCGCCGCUUCCGCGAGACGACUCCGCCGCCACCUUCCACGUGGCGGACUAUGGUGCGCAGCCCGACGGCCGCGGGGAUAGCUGGGGCGCCUUCCGCCGCGCCUUCGACGCCGCCUGCAAGCUCGCGGAGGCGGAAAGCGUGCGCGUCCGCGUGCUCGUCGCUCCGCCGUCCGCGGAAGGAUCUUCCGGGGGGAGCUCUUCCGCGGGGGGAUCAUCCAAGGAUGGCGGUAGGAAGGAUUCUGGCCGAAUCGCUAGUACGAAAAGCACCAACGGCAGUGCCGCUGGCAACGGAAUUGACACUACACUCGGGAACGACUCGUCCGCGAAUAGCGAUCCCAACAAUACCGCGGAUAACAUGCCUCAUCUGCCGACGGUCGCGGACGUCACAAUGCCGGACGUUAACGUUAACGUCAACGUCGACAAUUCGAUUGCUAACGUGGACGCGUUGAAGGGUUCCAGCAGCGGAGGCGGCAACGGCAACGGCGGGGGGGUAAACGGAAGCGGGGGAAGCGGAGCAAGCGGCGCGCACGUGGUUAGCGAUACGAUGCAGUGGCUGCUCAACCAUCGCGGAUUGGCGCAAAAGAACCACGGACUGACGGAGAGGAGGUUGGGGGAGCAGAGGCGCGGAUUGGCGGAGCGGAACCGUGUGCUGGCGGAGCGGAGCCGAGAGGCGGACGGGAACAGCGUCAAGUACUAUCUCAGCCGUUCGAUCACGGUGAACGGAUCGUGCGGCGCUGGCUUGACGCUGCAAAUCGACGACGCGACGAUCUACGGCCCAAAAACCGCAGAGGGUUAUCCCGAACCGUCGCUGUACAUUAACGAGGACAAGAUCGGCGUGGCGAGUAACGGCAUGUUCCGGUUCCUAGGGGUGACGGGGCUGGUCAUACGCGGUAGUGGCAGCCUCGACGGCAACGGCGAGGGGUACUGGGAUACCGAGGCGCACGACCGGCCGCACCUGCUGUCGCUGAUCAACUGCCGCGAGGUCAUUCUCGACAGCGUAGCGCUGCGCACUUCCUCCCGCCCUCCUCCCACUGCUCGCCUCACACCCCCGCUGCCCAACCACACGAAGCCCCCCAUGCCUUCUAAUACGGCACCUCCCCCCCCCUCUCCCCGCUUCCUCUGCGCCUCCACCCAUCCCCCCGCAACGUCCCUAUGUGCCACGUCUUCUCUUCUCCUGUGCCAUCCCCUCGCCCUUCGCCCUUGCUCCCCCGUUCUCGCCCACUCUUCGUCCUCAUUCCGAUUCCCCCCUCCCCUUUCUCGGCCCUCCUCCACCCAUCCCCCCGCAACGUCCCUAUGGACCAUGUCUUCUCCUAUGGCAUCUCCUCGCCCUUCUACCCCUGCUCCCCCCUUCCUCAUUCCCCCCUCGCCUCCCCCUCUUCCCCCUCCCCCCUCUCUCUUCCCCAUCCCCCAGCAACCCCCCGAUGUACCACGUCUUCUCCUGUGUCGCCGUCUCCCCCUCCUCACCCCCUUCUCGCCCCUCCUCUCCCUUCCUCUGCCCGCUCCCCUCCCUCCUCCUCCCCCAUCCCCCAGCAACCCCCCCAUGUACCACGUCUUCUCCUACGGCAUCUUCUCCCCCUCCUCACCCUCUCCUCUCCCCUCCUCUCCCCUCCACUUCCCCCCUCUCCCCGAUCCCCCCCCGCGCCUCCCCCCAUCCCCCAGCAACCCCCCCAUGUACCACGUCUUCUCCUACGGCAUCUUCUCCCCCUCCUCACCCUCUCCUCUCCCCUCCUCUCCCCUCCACUUCCCCCAUCUCCCCGAUCCCCCCCCGCGCCUCCCCCCAUCCCCCAGCAACCCCCCCAUGUACCACGUCUUCUCCUACGGAAUCGACAGGCUGUGGGUGAGGAGAUUAACUACCAACGCGCCAGACGAGUCGCCCAACACGGACAGCCUGAAACUGCUCGGCGUGCGCCACGCGCUCAUUGAGAAUUGCACCUUCCACGGAGGCGAUGAUGACGUGUCACUGGUGGCACGUGGCAGCCAGGCAGUGGCCAACGUGACGGUCCGGAAUCUGAUUGCCACGUCAGGGCACGGGAUCAGCAUUGGGAGUUUGGGAGCAGGGGGGGCGGUGGCGUGUGUGUCGGAUGUGAGCUUCAAGGAUUUGAUUCUAUCGGAUUUGUCGAAUGGGUUGAGGAUCAAGACGUGGCAGGGCGGCUUGGGAAUGGUGCGGAAUGUACAGUACGAGAACGUGUACAUGACAAACAUCGAACGAGCGAUUACACUAGAUCAGUUCUAUUGUGACGACAAUCAGGACUUCCCCUGCGACCCAUCGCCCCACAACGUGGCGCUGGUGAACAUCUCGUACACCCAUGUGUAUGGCACCGCCUCCAAGUAUGCGAUGGAUAUGGAGUGUAGCGAUACGGUGCCCUGCACUGGGAUCUCCCUCAACAAUGUCAAGCUGGGGGGGACAAGCUCAAGCACCAAGGAGCCUGUUUUCAAGAACAUUCUGUCGAGCCAUGCUGUGGGUGACAUCAUCGACGUGUUGCACCCCGGCAAGGCCAACGUGUCCAAGUCGGAGCUGAAGGAGAAGCUGGGCGCCAUCUACGAGAAGAGCGACCUGUCGUGCAUCUUCGUGUUCGGCUUCCGCACGCAGUUCGGUGGCGGCAAGUCCACGGGCUUCGGGCUCAUCUAUGACAACCUCGAGGCCGCCAAGAAGUUCGAGCCCAAAUACCGCCUCGUCAGGUCCACGAGCUUCGGGCUCAUCUACGACAACCUCGAGGCCGCCAAGAAGUUCGAGCGCAAAUACCGCCUCGUCAGGGUGAGCACUGAGCAGCUGAGAGGUCGUGGGUUCGAGUCCGGUAGGAGAGGGUGUUCUUUAGGUGAAUCUACUGGCAGCAGCAAGUCCACGGGCUUGGGUUUCAUUUACGACCAGCUCGAGGCCGGCAAGAAGUUUGAGCCCAAAUACCGCCUAGUCAGGGUGAGCAGCUGA